AUGAACGGCACGGCUAAGACCCUCCCAUAUGCUGUCAAUACCCUCCCUUUCUUGGGGAGGGUUAUCGCUGUUACUGGCGCCAGCCGUGGACUGGGCCUUGCUGUUAGCAAGUACUUGCUGAUACGAGGUGCCACAGUAUCUAUGUGUGCAACGUCGGUUGACAAUCUGUCAAAAGCCACCAAAGAGAUCGACGCUGAGCUUCCAGACGCCAAGGACCGGUACUGGACGUGCGUUGUAGAUAUCGCCAACCUAGACAGUGUUCGGUCUUGGAUCGAGGAGACCGUAGCUAAAUUUGGAAAGCUCGACGGUGCCGCAAACGUCGCUGCCGUGGAGCAACGCGAGAUCUUCCCUAUAACCGACCUCGACCCAGAAUACUUCGCUAGGCUGCUCAACGUAAACGUUGUUGGUACUUUCCAUUGCUUGAAAGAAGAAAUGAAGGUCAUCAAGGACGGUGGCUCAAUCGUCAAUGUUGGAAGCAUUGCGAGCCACUACGGAACGCCUGGCACGUCAGCAUACGUCGCCGCCAAGCACGCGCUCAUUGGUCUUACGAAAGUUGCAGCUUUUGAAGGGGCGUCGAGGCGAAUCAGGGUCAACGCGCUGUGCCCCGGAUGCUUCAACACAGAGAUGAUGACGAAGCCUUUCAACUCAGCUGCUGGUGAAUUCCAUCUGAAUAAAGACAACAUUCCAUGUAUCUUGAACCGUGAGCUUCCAGAAACAUGGGAGAUAGCCGGAUCGGUCGCUUUCCUGCUGGGCGAUGAGGCUGCGCACGUUACAAAAGCGUCAUGGUCUAUUGAUGGUGGAUGGGUCGAGAGUAACUACAGCUCGGGCUGA